GGGCGGGUCGCGUCCGGCGCCACGUCCGCAGCCGGAGGCCGCUACUGCCGCCGCUGCCAACGGAGUCUUCUGGCUCCGAAGCUUGAGGAGACGCCUCUGGAGCCCGCAAUUGCCCGAGGCUGUGCCAGCCGCUCAAGCAACCGCAGCCGUCCUCGGUGCUGCCCGCUUCCUCCGCCCAGACCCGGCUCCAGACGCCGACCCUCGACCCCGGAGGAGAUCAUGAAUCAGGCAGAUAAAAAUCAAGAAAUCCCAUCAUACCUUAGUGAUGAACCACCAGAAGGUUCAAUGAAAGAUCACCCACAGCAGCAACCAGGCAUGUUGUCCCGUGUGACUGGGGGUAUCUUCAGUGUUACAAAGGGAGCCGUUGGUGCCACCAUUGGUGGUGUGGCUUGGAUUGGUGGGAAGAGUCUGGAGGUGACCAAAACAGCUGUUACAACUGUGCCUUCCAUGGGAAUAGGGCUGGUGAAAGGGGGCGUGUCUGCUGUGGCUGGAGGUGUUACAGCUGUUGGGUCUGCUGUUGUAAACAAAGUGCCCUUAACAGGAAAGAAGAAAGACAAAUCUGACUAAACUAUGGAGAUACACUUGCUCUCCACAGCAUUAUGAUGCCAGUGGCAUUGAAUUGCUAAAUUAUGGACUACAACCAAGUCACCUGUUUGGACGUUUAUCUUCUAAACUGCUGUGUUGAAAGUAUUGAUGACUGGCUUUUGUCUAAAAAGAAGAGACCAAUACUAGCACAGUGUAUGAAGGUUUCUCAUACUUAAAUUCCAGCUUUUUAUCUGGUAAAAUGUUACACUUAUUCAGUUGUAACUGAAGAUAUGGUAUAUUUGAAUAUUUACUAUAAGUCUUUCAGUUUAACUAAAAAAUGUGAAAGUUGAAUUUAGUUGAUCUUUAUAGUUCCAUAUGUAUAAUGUGCCAGGUAACUCAUUUGCCCCUUAAGAAGGGAACCUUGAACUACAUAAACUGUACCUUUGAUGUGCCUAAUAGUUUCAGAUGUCUUAGUUUUUUUUAUAACCAUAGUUGAUUAGGCCAAGAGGCAUUCUUUUCUUAUUUAAGCUGGUAAAAGCAGGAAUUAGAGAAAUUCAGGAGAAGAGAAAAAUGGUUUUAUGAUACUGAGUGUUAACCAUCUUUUGUUAGAUAUGCAUUACAUUAAUUUAAUCAUUGAUGCCUUAUAAAAGAAAACAUCUUUUAUAAUACCCUAAAUAUGUGCAGUUCUUAGAACUAUAUUGGAUUCUUUUAAAAGUUGUGAAAUUAGUUUUCCCUCUUAAGAAUCUCAGGAGUAGUGGGGUAAAGGCAUUUCUUCCUCUCAGCAGAUAAGACAGUGCUUGGUAACUUUUUGUUAACUGUCAGUAUAGUUAACAGCCAAACUGUAUGCUUCAUUCUGGUUUCAUGCUCCAUCUUUAAUACACCUCACAGUGCCUAAGGAACAUUUCUUUGCUGGUCAUAAGCUAUCUUGGAAGAGUUUCAUAUUAAGGAGGAACAAAUAAUUUUAAGUUCUUAAGAAUCACCUGACACAUCCAAGAUACAAAAAGAAUUCUUCACACCAGUUUUGUCUGUAGGGUGGCUUAAAAUGCUAGUGCCCCCUUCUAAAAACACAGUAUAAGCAGCCACAAAUAUGUGGGGGCUGACUUUUCAAUUGAAUGAAAUGGGCUUCACUGAUUAGUUUUGAAUGUAAAAUAUAUUUUAAGUGCUUUCAAUGGUUUAUAGGAUUUUAAAAUGUUAUCUUACAGUCCUUUGAAGAAGUCAUAGAUUUUGUACCAUUUCCGAGUCAACUUCAGGCAGGGAAUUGAAGUUUUUGAUGAUGGAUGAUAAGUGUGUCAUGUCUUCUUAAUAUGUCUCAUCAUGUCUCACUCAUUCUUAAAGAGUAUCACUUAGCUGGAAUUCAUCUUUUUAUUUCAUAUUCAGUUUCUAAAAAAAUUUAAAAGUGCACAUAUACUUGGCAUUCCUCUUAGCUAAGGGUUAUAAUACAAGCCUGAAAAAAAUCUUAGUUUUGUUUAUACUUCAGUCUGGAAAUUUCCUCCAUUUUGCCGACUUCUGUGUAAUGUGUGAGGGAGGAAAGGAGGUGAUGCUCUGGAGUAAAUAAGUCAGAAUACAUCCUUGAGAACUUAGAUCACUCCAACACCUACAGCUUAAAUGUUUGUUUCUAAACCACUGGGAAUUUUACCUUAGUAAUGUGGACAACAAAUGGCUAAGAACAUAACUUUUAAAAGCUUUUAUAAAGGCCGGUAGGUAUCUUCUGCAAACCUACAAAGGUUCUUGAACCUACCAUUAUAUACAAAACUGGAAAGUUGUUGAGUUCAUCAGAAAUUAAAUGGUCUUUGUUUCAUGCACCAUGAUUUAAGGUAUAUUUGUUGGUAUAUCUGGUCAAAUGUGAUAAUCAGAAAAGAGAUUUUUAAAAGAAACCCAAAGUUAAUAGGUGAACACUAAACAGUGAUCUAAAUAAUGGUAUUGGAGAACUUGUUUCCUGCUAUUUGAAAGAAAUUAUUACUUCAUUGCUAGUUUAUAUUUCUAAUUUAUCUUCUAUAGUCAUAGGCUCUGCUGUGCUUUUGUACCUGAAUUUCUAAAUAUAGACUUUAGUUUACUGUGUGCUUGCAUAUUUAUUUUCAACUUUGUCUUUAAAAUUGCUUGAGGAAAAAUGGUUGUAAUUUCUGCUACAGAAGAGCCACCUGGUACAUUUUCUCUCAUCAAGUUUGUUUUAAACUCUGAAGUAUAAUUUGAUUCAGGAGAGGCUUUUGCAAGGACAGCAGAGAACUGUACAAAUGAGCAGCUAGUCAUAGAGGUUCUUGUUGAAAUGAACUUGCCAUUUGAUGGUAUAUGUACAGCUGUACACUUGAGUCUUUUCCAGUUUAUUUUCAUAGACUAGCAGUUUGACCUGCGAAGCAGUACUGGUUCACUUCAAGCAGCGAAGGUUGACAUAGACACCUGGAGGCACCUGUUAUUCAGUUUCUCUUUUGAGUGGGUAUUUGGCACAAUGAGGAUAAAUUUGUGUGACCCACUUGAAUGCCUGAUCUAAUAAUGUUGACAUCAUGAAUCCUGUACUUAGUGAAAUGUCAGAUGAAGGUAACUGGUGAUUGAAUAAAAUUUUGUUUGUAUUGAAGGAAUGGGAAAGAAUACAUAAAUCUGUUAAUAAAACACCAUGAUCUGCAAAAGACAAAAUGUUUCAUAAAGAUCUGAGGAAAUAAAGGAAUUUAAAGGAAAAA